CAUCCCACCAGGGCUCAGUCUCUGAGAUCACCAAUCCCUUACAAAAAACAACUGAGUGGUGAGCUGCAAAGAAGAUCUUCUGCAACUCUGGCAAGGCAACUUCUGCUUUUUUAAUUGGAAAACAGUCUGGAACAGAAGAGGCUGCCAAACACAUCCAGUGUUUUAAAGUCACCUGAACUUCGAUCCUGACCAUUUCUGCUUUGUCUCGAGAGACUACAGUUUCUUAACAUCCACAUGCUACCUCUAACUUCAGUGCUUAGUCUGGAUGGAUUUGGUGUUUGGGUCUUCAAGGGAGUUGUAAAUGAAGGUUUUUGCUUGUAGUUGUUUUGAGGAGAAUUGAAUAGGAAGUUGUGCUUAAGAUUGUUUUUUUCAAUUCUGUCUACACUAUUGCCAGAUUUUGUAUGGAUUGAUUGUAAUUUCAAAGGUGCAACUGUGUAAUGGCUUUAUGAAGAUGUGAAAGAGUGAGGAAGUAGAUUAGAGGGGUCCCUCUUGAGAUCUGACUGGUUGCUCUUGGCUGUUGCUGAUAGCCUUGAGGAAACUGCUAAACUGGAUAACAAUCUUGUGCAAGGCAGUAUUUCCAAGAGUGUAGUACUUAGUGCAAACAAAUCAGAUCCUAAAUGUUGUUAAUGUGUAUGGGAUUUUCAGAAAGACCUGUCGUUUUGGUAGCCAGGCAAAAGUCUAGUACAGAGAACUAGCAUUUUUACCUAAGUCAUUUGCAUGCUUGGUUAAACAUGUUCGUCAUCUUCCUCCUUGCCCUCUAGUAGUAUUUGAUCUUUUUAGUUAUACUUCAUCCAACGAACCAAUUAAGGGAGUUAAUUAAUUAAUUAAUGUGGGGUUUUUGUUUUGUUUGCUUGGGCUCUUUCUUAAAGAAUUUUCUCAAAUGUCUCAAGAACAACCAUGUGCUCUUGGUUGAUAAGCCAAUUUACUUUUACUUGGUACCUCCUGUAAAUCACUUGGAAAUUGCCUCGGGAUUAGGUGUUAGAAACCUUCAGGUGAAGUGUGUUGUUUGAUACUCAGAAGGCAGAAGUAAUCUUGCUGUUUGACUUCCUUUGGGAUUGGGCAGCCAGGGAAUAAGUUUAAGGUGUGUGGGAGGAACUGUUUCUGUAGUAUUCCAGCUCUUUUUCAGGACCUCCAUUCAGAUCUCUGGGCUUGGACAAAAAUAUGCUUAGAAAAAUGUGAUAAUGAAUUAGCAUGUAAAGAAGUAAAGUUAAGACAAGCAGGAAUUGCUGCUCACUUUUUUGAAGAGAUUUCUGUGGUACCUUGUGCUGAGCAGCCUGACUUGCUAUUGGGUAUUUUCUCCUGAACAGCCUUGAUGCUGUAACAAACAUGAUCUCUGUGUGACACAUGUAAAAGUGUAUUGGAUUAGUGAGAAGGUCUGGGGGAGUGUUUUAGGCCAUCUCACUUUAUUUGAAGAGAGGGAAAAAUACUUGCAGUUUCCUUCUCUAAAAGUCAGGCAUUGGGUUUUUUGAAGCAAACUUUAGAAAAUUCUUUUUCUUUCCUUUUUUGACCUUAAGUGGUGCUGAAUAAUUAGGUCUUUGAGUAGCAGAGAAUUUUAUUUCUGCUAUUGCAGCUGAUGCUGGCCUGCACAAAUAAUCUUAGAAAUUAUUAUCAUAUCUAAAUGGUGAAAAGCAGGAAAAUAAGUGAUGGGAUUUACUUAAACAUCCAGAUUGGUAAAUUGGGUCACCCGCUAACUUCAGUGACAGAGAGGUGUUUAAUUAAGUUUUCUUGUAGCCCUGUGUCCACAGGCCUGUGAAUGUCUCUCUAGGCUUUGCCAUUACUUAGAUACUUAAUAACAUGGGCAGGUGUAGGCAGGAAAAUAUAUAAGCACUUCACAAAGGUCUCCCUAGCCUACUUGAUCUUAAAUAAUUUUUUAAGUUAAGCAAACUGAAAGGAAUAAAUAAAUAAAAGGUUGCUUCUAGUGCCUCUAAAUAGUGAUGACAUGAAAUUGCUCCUGAAGAUGCUGACCCUCACCCCUCAUAUGUCCAUUAGCUUGUGGUGUCUGUGCCACACAUCUCAAUGCUUGGGGACCAUGCUGUCUGACAGCUGCAAGUGCAGAACAGCAUGGAGGGAUGGUGGCUUUUGGAGGACACUGUCUGGCAGCAGUUGUGUAGGGUUUGGGUUCUGUGCUUCCCUUCAGGACUGCUUACCCAAAAAUGCUCCUUACUGACUUUUGUGAAAAUAGGAGGAGCAUUGGGUGCCUGGCUUAUGUCAGAGAUGCUCUGAGGGUUGUGUGGCUGAAGAACCAGUGCUGAGACUCUUCAAUGGCUCCUGUGGCCUCUCUUGGGUAGUCUGUUGCAUCAUUGUGUGCUGGUUGUGUUGGAUUGCGUGUGCUGUGCUGUCAGAUCAGGGCUUUCAAGGUGCUGGAUUGAACCAAAAUAGUCCAACAAUCAGACUGUUGUCACUGAGAUAAUGUCACAGCUUGUAAAUCCUGUUUAAGGAGAACUGGAAAUGCUGACUGCUGCAGAGGGAGCAUGGGUAGUAAAAGCACUUCUAGCUUGUCACCAUGUCAUGCAGGAUAAUGCUGUUAAUGCUAGACAAUUGUAGCGGACUGGCAGUGAUAGGGAGUGGCAAAAGAGCUUAGCAGGAACAGAGGAAUGGCCAAUGAUCAUAUAGGGGAAGAAGGCCUCAGGAAGGUGGUACUUACUGGAAACCAUUGUGGAGCGUGAAGUACUACCACAGCAUCUUUUCUAAUCAAAAAGAUUUUGGAACAUGAAAAUGCAUGCUAUAAAAUGAAGUUAAGGGCAGUUUUCCUACUUUUCAUGGCAGUACUUUUUAUGGCAGUGAUUUGAGGAAGAUGUGAUAUUUGAACUGUGAAAGUGAAAUUGAAUAUGAAAUUUUACGCUGUGGCAGCAAGUAAUUAGAAAACAAUUUGGGAUGUUUCGUAUUGGCAAAACUAGUAUCUCUGGCAGGGGUGUUUUUUUAUUGUUGAAACUGUGUGAAUCUCUACCUUUUGUAUAGUUCAGUAUGGUCAGUUCUCCUGUAAACUGAAACUAUAGGUUGCAACAAAGUAGUUCUUGUGGUGUUUUUGCCUUGUCAUUCACUGUAAAAUGAAUGCUAAAAUACUGUAGAAUCAUGAAACUCUGUGAAAACAUACUUUAUACUUUAGAGUUUUUUUCCUUAGGUUUUUCCAAGGAUCAGCAACCGUAAAUGCAUAUAGGAAGGAUGAUGUUUGCUGUUGAAAUAAGUUAACUGUUUUUUUUAGCUGUAGAAGUUAAAAAUUAACUUAUAAUAAUGCAGUUUGGAUCAGGGGUAAGAGUUAACCUAAGAUUGAACCUGGAAAUUCUUUUUGAAGGAUGGUGUUUUAGACUGUGUUUCCUUUACUGCAGGAAUGUUCACUUCUUACUUUCUUGCUAUACAAUGUUUUUCCUCAGUAAGGGAGAAACCUCAUUAUUGAGAAGGAAAAGAACCAGCUGAAUUUUAAUCUGGGUAUCAGUCAGUUUCUCUAGUAUAAACAGCUUGGCCAUGUGCUGCUACUGCUGAUGGCAUACUUUUUCUUAUGUGAGUGACAUCAUUCUGACAUUGUUUUAUGCAACAGAGGAAAGGGCAUUUAACUAACAAGAACCAGUGUGGAGUUACUUGUGGCAUUUCCUCAGUGCUGUGUAUGUUUGUUUUUGGAAGUCACUUGCCUGACAAAAUUUAUUGGCAGUUAGGCAGUAGAUCUGAUAAUUCUUUGAAUUGGAAGCAACAUUCCUGGAAAGGAGAUACUCUUGAAUUCGGAGGAAGUAUCAGGAAGUAAACACAGCACAGAUCUUGUGAUAGAAGUAAGGAGGAGCCAAAGGUUUCUUUAGUAUUAUCAAUGUCUUCCUGAAAUAUGAAGGUUCCCUUAAUCACCCUAAAAUACUGAAUUUCGUACUGCCCAAAAGUCUGUUUGAUUUUUAAAAAGAAAUCAAGUCCAAGUGGCCAGUUACAGAAAUGGGUUUCUUUUCUUAAAAAGGAAAAUGUGCAUUCUUUGUUGUACAUAGCAGCAGAGUGUGGGCUGAUUGACUAAAAAUACCUCCUAAGAAGCUGAAGAGGAGGCAUGGAAUCCCACAGUUUUAGUCCCGUUAAGGGAGGGCUGUGGUCUGCUGCACACAGAACAGUAGCAUAGCCGUUACUGCACAGCAACAGUUAACGGGCUUCAGGCAGAGCUGUCAGCGUUCUGCUGACAUCAGGGAGAGCUCAGGCAGUAAACAGGGAGCAGCCAUGUCUGCUCUUCCUGUGCUAGGGGCAAGCUAAAUAAAACACUAGUCAGAUGGACAGCAACGAAGCUGACAAUCGGAGGAAAGUAGAACCACCUCUCGGAGGUCAUGAUCCUCGAACUGCAGUUCAGUUAAGAAGCCUCAGCACUGUUUUAAAACGCCUCAAAGAAAUCAUGGAGGGGAAGAGCCAGGACAGUGACUUGAAGCAGUACUGGAUGCCUGACAGCCAGUGCAAAGAAUGUUAUGACUGUAGUGAGAAAUUCACCACUUUCCGAAGGAGGCACCACUGUCGACUUUGUGGGCAGAUCUUUUGUAGUCGAUGCUGCAAUCAGGAAAUCCCUGGAAAAUUCAUGGGCUACACAGGGGAUCUCCGAGCCUGCACUUACUGUCGGAAAAUAGCCUUAAGCUACGCACACUCCACAGACAGCAACUCCAUUGGGGAAGACUUGAACGCGCUGUCGGAUUCUGCAUGCUCUGUGUCUGUGCUGGAUCCCGGCGAGCCGCGCACACCGGUUGGGAGCCGCAAAGCCAGCCGCAACAUCUUCCUGGAGGAGGAUCUGACCUGGCAAAGUUUGAUUCACCCAGACUCUUCAGCUACCACGUUGUCUGCACGCCUUGGGUCUGUCCAGGAGGAUGCAGGGAAGUCACCAGCUAGAAACAGGUCAGCCAGCAUCACUAACCUGUCUCUGGACCGCUCAGGGUCCCCCAUGGUGCCUGCCUACGAGACCUCGGUCAGCCCCCAGGCCACUCGCACUCAUAUGAAGGCAGAGACCAGCGAGGAUGAGCGCAAAAUCCUUCUGGACUCAGUCCAGCUGAAAGAUCUGUGGAAGAAAAUCUGCCAUCAUAACAGUGGUAUGGAAUUUCAAGACCACCGCUACUGGCUGCGGACACAUCCCAACUGCAUUGUGGGAAAAGAGCUGGUCAACUGGCUCAUGAGAAAUGGGCACAUAACCACGAGGGUCCAGGCCAUUGCCAUAGGACAGGCACUGGUUGAUGGACGUUGGCUGGAAUGUGUCAGUCACCAUGAUCAGCUCUUCAGAGAUGAAUAUGCUCUCUACAGACCGUUGCAGAGCACAGAGUUCUCAGAAACCCCAUCUCCAGACAGUGACUCUGUGAACUCUGUAGAGGGCCACUCUGAGCCAUCCUGGUUCAAAGACAUCAAGUUUGAUGACAGUGACAACGAGCAAAUUGUUGAUGAAGGGGAAGACAACUCAGCCAACUCCGCCAGCCCUAGCAAGCGCACUUCAGUCAGCAGCUUCCAGUCCACAAUGGACAGUGAUUCGGCCGCCUCCAUCAGCCUGAACGUGGAGCUGGACAACGUCAACUUCCAUAUCAAGAAGCACUCCAAGUACCCACAUGUGCCCCCUCACCCUGCCGACCAAAAAGAGUACUUGAAUCCUGAAAACGGAGGGCAGCAGAUGUUCUCUAUAAGUGACGCUUUCAUUAAAGAGUCGUUAUUCAACAGGAGGGUGGAGGAGAAGUCCAAAGAGCUCUUAUUCACACCCCUAGGCUGGCACCACAGCAAUCUGGAUCUGCUGAGAGAAGAGAAUGGGGAGAAACAAGCCAUGGAAAGGCUGCUGUCUGCUAAUCACAACCACAUGAUGGCACUGCUUCAGCAGCUUCUCUACAACGAGUCCCUGUCACUGUCCUGGAGGGACAUUAUUGUUCCCGUGGUCUGCCAGGUAGUUCAAACGGUACGGCCGGAUGUCAAGAAGAGAGAUGAUGACAUGGAUAUCCGCCAGUUUGUCCACAUCAAAAAAAUCCCUGGUGGAAAGAAAUUUGACUCCAUGGUGGUGAAUGGAUUUGUUUGCACUAAAAAUGUGGCACACAAAAAGAUGAACUCUUGCUUAAAAAAUCCCAGAAUUCUUCUGCUAAAGUGCUCAAUUGAGUACCUCUAUAGAGAAGAAACAAAGUUUACCUGCAUAGAGCCUAUAGUACUUCAGGAAAGGGAGUUCUUGAAGAACUACGUACAGCGGAUAGUUGAUGUCCAGCCCAAUUUGGUCCUUGUUGAGAAGACUGUGUCCAGAAUUGCCCAGGACAUGCUCUUAGAGCAUGGAAUCACUCUGGUCAUCAAUGUCAAGCCGCAAGUGUUAGACCGGGUAAGCCGGAUGACUCAGGGGGACUUAGUGAUGUCAAUGGAUCAACUGCUGACCAAACCACAGCUGGGGACCUGUCAUAAAUUUUAUAUGCAAGUUUUUCAGUUGCCCAAUGAUCAGACAAAACCCCUGAUGUUCUUUGAAGGGUGUCCCCAGCACCUGGGUUGCACUAUCAAGUUGUGUGGUGCUGCAGAGUACGAGCUGGCUCGUGUGAAGGAGAUCCUGAUCUUCAUGGUCUGUGUGGCUUAUCAUUCCCAGCUGGAAAUUUCAUUUCUUAUGGAUGAGUUUGCCAUGCCCCCUACUCUCACCAAAAACACUUCCUUUCACUCCCUUAUUGAGGAGCCAGGAGAUGAAAAUGAACAACAGAACCUCUUCAAUGGUGAGGACUUCAGCACAGCAGUCAAAGACAUAGAACUAGCCUCUGAAAAGCUGCCUGUAAUCUCUGAAUCAGUGUCCGCUGAUGAGGUCAGUUUGCCUGAACCAAGGGGUGUAUUUGACAGAGGUGACCAAGAGAACAGCCAGCUGGAAACGGUGUCCUCCAAGCAGCAAGAGCACCACAAACUGGAGUCACCAUUUGCAGUGCUCAGCUCUGUACCUCAUGCAAUACCUGAAACAUCCCCACUGCCCCUCCAUGGCAUGGACCAGCACUUGGCCACUCUGGAUAACCAGGCACUAGAGCCUCUUCCACAGGCAGAUGAUUUACAGGAAUCCAAGAGUCAGAUGAGAGUCUUCAGAGACCCUCUCCAGGAUGAUACUGGUUUAUAUGUCACGGAAGAGGUAACUUCGUCUGAGGAUCGUCUCAAAACUUACUCUGCAGCAUUUAAGCAGGAGCUGAAAGAUGUCAUUCUCUGCAUUUCCCCAGUGCUGAUGUUCCGUGAACCAUUCCUUUUGACUGAAAAAGGCAUGAGAUGCCCUGCCCGGGAAUACUUUCCUGAACAAGUUUAUUGGUCUCCUCUCCUCAAUAAGGAAUACAAGGAGUUGGAGAGCAGAAGGAAGAAGCAAUUGUUGCGGGAUUUCUCUGGACUACAAGGGAGGAAUGGGAGUGUCCAAGCCAAGGCUAUCCAAAUCUUACCUUCUCAUGAGUUGGUCAAUACUAGAAUAGCAGAGCAUCUACGUGAUAGCCAGAGCUUAGCCAGAAUGCUGGCUGACUAUCGGGCCAGAGGAGGGAGGAUACUACAGAAAAGCACAGAUCCUUUUGCCCAAAAUAAGGAUGUAUCUAGUGUCCCUACUGGAAAAACUGGGAGCAGAACUGAAGAGGAGGAGAAGGGACUGGCUCAGAGUGAAUCCUCAUGGUCUCAUAAGGUGGAUUGCCUGAGUCCAGUAAACCAUCAGAGGCUCUGUGUUCUCUUCAGCAGCUCUUCUACUCAGUCCAGCAAUGCUCCAAGUGCCUGUGUUAGCCCCUGGAUUGUGACCAUGGAGUUCUAUGGGAAAAAUGACCUAACUUUAGGGAUUUUUCUGGAGCGCUACUGUUUCAGGCCUUCCUACCAAUGCCCCAGCAUGUUCUGUGAAACACCAAUGGUGCACCACAUCCGUCGCUUUGUUCAUGGGCAGGGCUGUGUGCAGAUCGUGUUGAAGGAGCUGGACUCCCCCGUGCCUGGGUACCAGCACACCAUCCUUACUUACUCCUGGUGCAGACUAUGCAAACAGGUGACACCAGUUGUUCCCCUUUCCAAUGACUCUUGGUCUAUGUCUUUUGCAAAAUACCUUGAGCUGAGGUUCUAUGGGUACCAGUACACUCGAAGGGCCAACGCAGAGCCUUGUGGGCAUUCCAUUCACCACGACUAUCACCAGUAUUUCUCCUAUAAUCAGAUGGUGGCAUCUUUCAGCUACUCUCCAAUCCGGCUGCUGGAAGUGUGUGUCCCACUCCCCAAGAUCUACAUCAAACGACAGGCUCCACUAAAAGUUACUAUUUUGCAGGAUCUCAAGGAUUUCUCACAAAAGGUGUCACAAGUGUAUCUUGCUGUGGAUGAUCGCCUUGCCUCUCUGAAAACAGAUACCUUCAGCAAAACGAGGGAAGAGAAGAUGGAAGACCUCUUUGCCCAAAAGGAGAUGGAAGAAGGAGAGUUUCGAAACUGGACUGAGAAAAUCCAAGCAAGGCUGCUUUCAUCAUCACUGGACACACCUCAACAGCUGCAAUCUGUGUUUGAGUCUCUGAUAGCUAAAAAGCAAGGACUCUGUGAGAUGCUACAAGCCUGGAAUAACAGAUUGCAGGAUCUCUUCCAACAAGAGAAAGGAAGAAAACGUCCAUCAGUACCACCCAGCCCUGGGAGACUGAGGCAAGGUGAAGAAAGCAAGAUUAGCAGCAUGGAUGCUUCCCCACGCAAUGCUUCUCCAGCGCUGCAAAAUGGAGAGAAAGAGGAUCGUUUCCUGACAACUUUAUCAAGUCAGAGCUCCACAGGCUCCACCCACCUACAGCUGCCCACCUCUCCAGAGGUUGCAUCAGAGCAUAUGACUGGUGCCAGCACACUCUCUGAACAGGACACAACAAGCAGCUCAGAAGAUGUGUUUGAUGGACACUCACUGGGAUCUACAGACAGCCAAGUGAAGGAGAAGUCUACUAUGAAAGCUAUUUUGGCUAACUUUUUGCCUGGAAACAACUAUAACCCCAUUCCCUUUCCCUUAGCUCUUCCAAGGGUUGGACUCAAAUUGGCAUUGUCUGGGUGUAGUGACCCAGAUAAGCACUACUUAAUGUAUGAGCAUGAACGUGUACCUAUUGCAGUCUGUGAGAAAGAACCAAGCUCCAUCAUAGCCUUUGCUCUCAGUUGCAAGGAGUACAGAAAUGCCCUGGAUGAGUUGUCCAAAGCGUCUCUGAAGAGCAGUUCUGAAGAAGGACUACAACCAAACAGCAUGUCAGACAGCAAACCCAAGAGCAGCAGCCCCGUCCGCCUGCCUGAGGCUAACAUGUGUCCCCUUCGCAGUGCAGAGCCAGAGCAGCCAAAGAAGCCAUCUGGUGUUUUGUCUUUCUUCCGUGGCACGGGAGGGAAGAGCCCAGACCUGUCUUCCCAGAAGAAAGAGACCUUACGUGGUGCUGACAGUGCUUACUACCAGGUUGGACAGAUGGGCAAGGAGGGAGCAGAAAACCAAGGAGCAGAGGCACAAGAUGAUGGAGAUGGAGGAGAUGGACAGAAGAAGCAGGUGGUGAAUCCCCAUGUGGAACUCCAGUUCUCAGAUGCGAAUGCCAAGUUCUACUGCCGGAUUUAUUACGCUGGGGAGUUUCACAGGAUGCGUGAAGUGAUCCUGGGGAGCAGUGAAGAGGAUUUCAUUCGAUCCCUCUCUCACUCCAUGCCCUGGCAGGCACGGGGUGGCAAAUCUGGAGCUGCGUUCUACGUGACUGAGGAUGAUAGAUUCAUCUUGAAGCAAAUGCCUCGUCUGGAAGUCCAGUCAUUCCUUGACUUUGCUCCACACUACUUCACUUACAUCACUAAUGCAGUUCAGCAGAAGAAGCCCACAGCACUGGCUAAAAUCCUUGGGGUGUAUCGAAUCGGUUACAAGAACUCUCAAAACAACACUGAAAAGAAGUUGGAUCUGCUUGUCAUGGAAAACCUUUUCUAUGGCAGGAAAAUGGCUCAGGUGUUUGACCUGAAGGGCUCCCUCCGGAAUAGAAAUGUUAAAACAGAGACAGGCAAGGAAACCUGUGAUGUGGUCCUGCUGGAUGAAAACCUUCUGAAGAUGGUUCGGGACAACCCUUUGUACAUCCGUUCCCAUUGCAAAGCUGUGCUGAAGGCCUCCAUACACAGCGAUUCCCAGUUCCUCUCCAGCCAUCUCAUCAUCGACUAUUCCCUGCUGGUGGGGCGUGAUGAUACCAACAACGAGCUGGUCGUUGGCAUCAUUGAUUAUAUUCGUACUUUUACCUGGGACAAAAAGCUUGAAAUGGUGGUAAAGUCAACUGGCAUCUUGGGAGGACAAGGUAAGAUGCCCACUGUGGUCUCUCCAGAGCUGUACCGGACCAGGUUUUGUGAAGCUAUGGACAAGUAUUUCCUGAUGGUGCCAGACCAUUGGACAGGACUGGGCCUGAAUUGCUGACCUAAAGCCCAUAUUGGGAAAGCACAAGAGGACAAUGACAUCAUAGGCCACUCUCUUCCAGCAGUCUGUCCAGCAGCAAGAGGAUUGCAGUUCCAUGUCUACACUGACCAUGGGCAUCAUGUUGCAGAGUAUGAAAUCUGCUUGCACUUUAAUCCCCUCUUGGAGGAUAACAAGCAAACCUGCCUCAGUAAGGAUCUAAACUGUAAGGUACCACUGAACAGCACUGAUAAGUGAUAUCCCUGCUGUCAGUAGGGAAGGUGAUGCUAUCUCCUUCUAAGUACUGGACUGGCAUUCUAUCCAGAUCCUGAUGGUGAAGAAGUACACGAUCUCUGGAAGUCUUGCACUGCCAAAAUGGUGUUGAAUACAUACAGCUCAUGUUUCUGUAGUGGAUACUUGGUACUGAAAAUGUGAAAUAAACUCCCCAAACGUGGAUGGGGGAGAGAAGAAUGAAGUUAAUUAAUGAGUUCUGCUAUUGUUACAAGGUCUGUAAUUGACCUGUUUAGGAUCCAUUAAUAACUUGUGCUGUUUAUGCUCCAUAGUUUUAAUUCUUACUAGGUUCUGUAAACAGUAUUUUUUUUUAAGGCAGCUACACAUCUAUAAUGCCGUUUGACUCCAUCUUUUAAGUUAUGUUACUGCAGUACAGCUCUGGUUUAUCUGUCAUAAUUGCACUUUAGCUGAAUCCCCUAAAAAUGGAUUGUCAGUCAUCAGUAUACUGCAAACUCAAAACAUAUCCCUUCACUCCUAAACAGUACUUUGAUCUGAAUGUUGCUCAAAUUCCUGGAAACAGGUAACUAACAUACCCUUUAAUUUAACAAGACUUGAUUGAUUAUAGUUAUGAAGCAGAUUAACCCUUUCCUUAGUAAAGGUAGUGAGUUGCUAGACAAAGUGAAUACUGCAACUUUCUUCUUAAUGCAACUAUCAUUCCUGGCAGAUCACUUCAAAUCCAUUUCAGUUUCCCUUUACUUUCAAGCAAUGCAAUUACCUCAUGGUGAAAUUUUGCCAGGAGAAUGUUUUUCUUGCAUUCAUGUCAUGAUUUUUUUUUGGUCACGGAGAUGAAUGUGGUUGUUGUUUUCUGUAAAAAGGAAAACCUGAACUAACAGGUAUCUUGUAUGAUGCAUAAGAUGUGCAGAGAUCUGUGAGUCUCUGUAUCAUUACAAUAAGCAUUUCUUUCCAUUUAAAAAAAAACUUUACUCAUUUUUGAGGUGAUGAGUUUACUUUUUUGUUUCAUUAUAAUACAGGCCAGUAAAUAACAGGAGUUGUAAUGAGUUUGAAAGGCAAGAAUACUGUCCUUUGACUUCCAGUCUCUGAUGGAAGAACAUCAAAUGAACACGGAAUCUGGGACAGGAUAGCUCUUAGUGAUCACUUGCUCAUUCUAACCAGUUGCCUCAUAAUGCCCUCAUCAGUGUAACUAUGGAUUGAAACGUGCAUUUUGUUCAGUUCUCCUGUGUUCAGUAUUUUUUUCUGCAGCAGAUGGUGGUGGCUGUUUAGGAGUGACCAGCAGUAGGCAGCACUGAGAGAGGAAAAGGCCAGCAGUGAGAAUUGAGCUAUUUGCUCCAAAACCAACUAGUGCAGCUCUUGUCUGAGCUGCCAGGAUGCAACAGUAAUUUGUGUUGGAAGGAGCCUUCCCCACCCUAUUGCAACACUGUACUAGAGGAUGAGCAAAGAUGCUGGCCUUGAAGCAGCAGAAAAGCAAGUGUACUGAUUUCCUCAGUGCAAUGUGAGAAUUGUUUCUGGGGGUGCACUGUUGAAGGCUGCAGUGAUAUGUGCUGUGGAAAGAGAACACAGUACUCCUUGCUUCAGUCCAACACAGCACAUCAGGCACAGCUGAUCACCUCUGGGAUGCAUCUUGCCUCUUUUGUUGAAAUGUUCUCCCAGUUUGCCUGGUUCUGUGUGUGGCCUUGUCUACUGAGGGCAACCAGUCCAUCAGCUCCGGGCUACUCCCACUUCUGUGGCCUCUACCUACUGUCUUGGUUCAUCAAUGUGAAAGAACCUGCCAUGCAGCCUAUGUUCCAGUCUCAGCUAAAGUUUACAUGUGUUCUCCUCCUUCCCUUAAAGUUUACAGGCAAAACUUGACUGUCCUGGCCAGCUAAGGUGACCCAACAGCAGCUAAUUAUGUUGUCUUCCACCUUGGUCAGUAUGUGGAUUGGUGGAUGGAGCAUGAGCGUGGGCAUGGCACCUGCUCUAGGCUGAUGUGGUGUGCUAGCCCAGUCUGUUCUGUCACCAGUAACCCUCAUCUUUUCCUGGGAUAUGUGGCUGCUCUGUGCUGCUUGUCUGCCAGAGUCCUGAGCAGAUGGCUGUAAGCAGCUUCAUCAUCUGACAGUGGCUGCUACUCCUCUGAACGUGACAGCACGAGGCCCUCAGCACUGUAGAAGGGAGAGAGAAUCUUCCACUGUUCUGCAGCCUGUGAACAAAGCCAGAGACGUGAAUGGUCAUGGCCCACCUUCUUGGGCUGAAGUUACAGCAGUUGGAGAGAUUUUUAGGAAUGAUCUUGAGCUGGUAUCAACAGUUAAUUUUUGGCCAGGAUGUGGCUGAUAGACUAGUCCUGAUUAGACUGGAGUAUAAACUACUGGUCAUGAGUAUCACAGUAGCUGCAGUAUCAGCUGGAGUUGGGUCAUCUUGGAUGUCCUGUGGUAUAAAGCUGUAAGCAUUUCUAGUCCAAAUCCCUGCAGCUGGAUGGGUCUCCUCAAAUGUUCCAUUUUCAGUAUGAUAGUUGUCCUGACAUUUCAAUUACUACUAAGCUUAAUUUUCUCAGAAGGAGAGCAAUACUUAAUGCAGAACAAAUCUUUGAGAGCUGCUUGGGAGGCUGUGUUCAGUCUGUGUCCCUGUAGAAUUCCUAAGGAUGAACCCUUUGGUCAGAGCUUAUUUCUUUGUUUAUAACAUAGGUUUUGCAUAUGCGUAAGUAAAUCCCAGUUGCAAAUAUGAAGACUGAAUUUCUUCAGAGCUACACUGACUCUUCUGUUGUUUUGAUCUGAGGCCUUGAGACAAAUGUCUAAAUCUUGUCCAAGUCAGAAGCAAUGACUGAGUCAGCAUGUGGACAGCAGAAUGCCUUCUAGCAGCCCAGGGAUGCAUUCUGUCCCCAAAAAGCACAUGAGGGACUCUUGCUGGUAGAGCAGUUCUAGUGGGCUCAGGGGAGUUACCUGUGGAGUCUCCUCUGUGAGAAUGACCAAAACCAAAUGAAUUGCUCACUAGCUGGUGGCCAGACUAGUCAUUCUUCAAAGCACUUAAUGUACUAUAUUGUAUGCAUUUCUAUUCUAACUUGGUUCAGCUGUAUUUUAUAAAAUUGAUGUACUAAACUAUUUGAGAAUAAUUGCCUUGGCUACUUGGAUAAUCAAAAUGUAAUGUAUAUAGAUACAAAUAAAGUGACUAAAGUAUA